GCCGGCAUUGGAGCAAGCCACUCACUCGUUAGCUAUAUAUAUACAUAAGGAUAUUUUUUUUUGUUUUUUUGUGAUAUAUCGUCGUGAGAUCCAAGAGUAACCGAAACGAGAGAUGUCGAUGCACCAACUGCUGCUUUACUCGCUCUGUCUGUGGGCCGUGUUCGUGUUCUGUGCCCCGGCGCCCACCGAAUCGCGUCGCGUGAUCUUCCUGAAGCCGAACGGUAUCCAUCGUGGACAGAUUCUGGCCACGCACGGGAUGGAGAAGCCCUGUCCCCAGUGCCACAUGCAUGAUCAUCGCGGCAAUUGCCGACGCAUCAUUGCCUAUAAUGCAGAUGGCGUGCGCUGCUGAGGUGAACCGUAGUGAAGUGCCACCACCAUCGAACGAAUCUCCAACUCUCUCAACCACAACAAACUACAAACCUUAUUUAUUUAUGCUAUUUAUCUGCCUCGCAUGCCAUACACCUAACAAUAAACUACAAAAUAUACAAAAAGCCACGGAAUGCCAUGCAAAUUUAAGCACAUUUCCCGCAUUCCAUUGAAGGUCGUCCUCCGGGCUAGGGACUUGGCCAAUUAUCCGCAGCCAAAGCCGGAGUAUCUUAUCAAUUAAUUUUGCAUUAGGCGGGGGAUUUCUAUAAUGGCUCAUACGCCAUAUCAGCUGCUCGAGUGGAUUCGGAAAUAUUUGAUUUAACAAUUAUAAUGCCGACUUGACGCAAAACGCCCAUUAUCUAUGGGUUAAUCGGUCUCAAUCGGCCCUAACAGGUGGCUCUUGCCACUGUUUACCUGCUAAGACCCACCUGGAAGUAAUUUUUAUUGUUCAUUUUUUGAUUGUUUCAAUUGAUAUUUAAUUGCUUAAAGUAUAAUAAGAUUUUGUACUAAGUCCAUUGAUGUUAUGCUAAGU